GGUGUACGUCGCGGCUAUAAGGAAGACUAGCCGUGGCCGUGCCUCUUCCUUCCCACUCGCGUCCACGCCAUAUGUUGACAAGCUCUGCCUUGCUCGAGCUACCAUCUAGGAGGCUUGGCUGACCGUCCUGACGAUGAGCGAUAUAUACCCCGACGACCCGGAUGCCGAGCGCUACCAAAUUUUCCUCCACAAUUACCUGCACCUUGUCGGAAUGACUAUUCUUUAUUACGACUACGCCUUGACAUUUGGAGACGAGUAUACACGAAUCUGGAGGCAGCAAGCAACACGUGCACCAAGGAACUAUCUCUUCUUUAUGAACCGUUACCUCACUUUGCUCGGCGAUGUCGCCGUCAACGUCGGCAAUUUCUAUGAUUUCAAAACAACACACAGUUGCAGUCAAUAUGCCUUCUACAGACAGGCUCUGCUAAUCGGUGCUCAAGUAGUCGUCUGCUUCAUAUUGUAUCUGAGAACGUCCGCUCUCUACAAUGGCAACAAAUUCGUUAGAAGUCUGAUUUUAAUCGUUGGCCUGUCCCUCGCUGGCCUUUCCAUCUACGCUGUCAUCGGACAACAUGAGAGCAUCUCCGUUAAUGGAGGCUGCCACGCCGCCGCUGACCGUAUAACUGCCAUCCGGAUCGCAGUCGCGUGGGAAAGCCUCUUCGUCUUUGACUGCAUGAUCUUCUCUCUGACAAUGUGGAAGACGUGGAAGCAACGUUCGCUGUAUCUCGUACCUGCCGAUAAGCUCGAUCUCGUUUCCCUCAUAUCGCGGGAUGGUGCCAUGUACUUCGCUGUAAUGGCGUCCGUCAACUUGUCAAACACCUUGACCUUCUACUUUCUGCAGCCGCUUCUGAGAGGUGUUCUGUCGACAUUCGCUAGCAGCGUAUCCGUGACCAUGAUGUCGCGCCUCAUGCUCAACCUGCACGAGAGCGCAGGUAUCAGCUCAUCGACCAUCACAAACCUCUCCACCGACAACUCAUCAACCCUCUUGUUCACCUCUGGCAUAGGCAUACAGGAGGGCGAUAUCCUGACAAUGUCGAUAGCGAGGGACGUCUCCCCAUACAAUCACCGAGACACCGAAGAGGGGACGAUAACUGACGACGUGCUGCCAGUGGACCAGCCAGAGGAGAUUGAAAUGGUCCCCCAGGACUACCGGAGGCGCCGGAGCACAGCGAGGACUGGAUCAGACUGCUGAUCGUGCACUAGGAACAACAGACUUUCUCUGGCAUUGUAAUAGAGUGUAUCCUGCAUUAGUGGUGUAUCAAUUAGUACUAUAUUAUGGUAUUGUUGUACCGAUACUGGA